GCUUGGGUUGCUGGCUCUCAGCACUUGGCCGCACUUGGCUACUCAUUUGUUCCUACAGGUGGUGACUGGUGUAAAUUGGUAGUACAGAGAAUAUGGAAAAGAGUGCCCGUGGCAAUUGGGUUAUUUCGGAUGUCAAAAUGACAGGGAAAACCGUGGUAAUAACAGGCGCAAACACUGGGAUCGGAUUGGAAACAGCAAUCGACCUUGUAAAGCGCGAAGCAAGAGUAAUUCUCGGGUGUAGAAAUAUGGCGAAAGCUGAAGAAGCGAAGCAAAGGAUUAUAACGGAAACCGGCGGAAAUGAAGAUAAAAUUAUUUUAAAGCAACUAGAUUUGGCAUCUUUUGCCUCAGUGCGCGCAUUUGCAAAAGAUGUGAAUGAAAACGAAAGCAGAAUCGACGUUUUACUUAACAACGCAGGUAUAAUGCUAAUCCCGAAAGGAAAGACUGAAGACGGGUUUGAGCUUCAUUACGGAGUGAACCAUCUCGGGCAUUUUCUUCUCACUAAUCUAUUACUCGAUCUUGUAAAGAAAAGCGCACCAAGUCGAAUUAUAAACGUAUCAUCGGAGGCACACAGACUUGGGAGCCCCAGAAUCGACUGGGACGACAUGAAUUACGACAACAAUUAUUCUGCAUCGUUGGCUUACAACCGAAGCAAACUGAUGAAUAUUUUAUUUACAAGAGAGCUGAGCAGAAGAUUAGAGGGUACCAAGGUAACGGCAAACAGCUUGCAUCCUGGUGUUGUGAGAACAGAGCUUUCUCGGCAUAUGUUCGAUUCAAAUAUAUCUAUGUGGAGAACUGCUGUCAAAUGGAUUGUGGACCCGCUUGUUUAUUUGUUCGGUAAAACUCCUGUACACGGAGCCCAGACUAAUAUCUACCUGUGCAUUGCACCGGAAGUGGAGAACGUCAGUGGGAAAUAUUUUAAAGAUUGCGCGAUUGCGAAUGAAAAUGGUCAAGCCAAGAGCGACCAGGAUGCAAAAAGAUUAUGGGACUUGAGCGUUGAAGUUACGGGGUUGUCAGAGGGUUCUUAAUCAUGUUAAAGUUAAUUUAUAUAUACAGGAAAGGUUUAACUAUUUCUGUAUACUUCGUUGUCCAAUUCUAGUGAAAAAUAACUGUAAAAUAAAUUAUAUAAUGAAAAAAUAAUGUUGCU